AUGCCCAAAACCCUGACCCUAUCUCGCUUCAAGACACUCCUCUUGAUCAUCUCCAUCUUCUUCAACCUCUACUUGCUCUUCAUCCACGCGCCGCCGACCUUUAUCUCGCGCUACUCGUCCUCUCCCACCACGCGCCGCCACCUCGUCUUCGCCAUCGCGUCCUCCUCGCCCUCCUGGGCCCGCCGUGAGCCCUACAUCCGCGUCUGGUGCUCCCCGAUCUCCACUCGCGCCUUCGCCUUCCUCGACCGGGCCCCGCUCGAUUCCCACGGCUACGGCUCCGGCGCGCAGGUCGUCGUCUCCGGCGACGCCUCCCGAUUUCCUUACACUUUCCGGGGAGGGCUCCGGUCCGCGAUCCGCGUGGCGCGCGCGGUCAAGGAGGUCGUCGAUCGAGGCGAGCCCGACGUGAGGUGGUUCAUUUUUGGCGACGACGACACGGUGUUUUUCGUCGAGAACCUGGUGAAGACUUUGUCGAAGUACGAUCACGAUCGGUGGUUUUACGUUGGGAGCAAUUCGGAGAGCUACCAGCAAAAUGUGAAGUACUCGUUCGAAAUGGCUUUUGGCGGUGGAGGGUUCGCCAUUAGCCAUUCGCUGGCUAGGGUUCUAGCAAGGGUUUUUGACUCUUGCCUGAUGAGGUACGGCCACUUGUACGGAAGCGAUGCUAGAGUUUUCUCAUGUGUGGCGGAGCUCGGCGUUGGAUUGACCCAUGAGCCUGGGUUUCAUCAGGUUGAUAUGCGGGGGAAUUUGUUUGGAAUGCUAUCUGCGCAUCCAUUGUCACCAUUGGUGUCCCUUCAUCAUUUGGAUGCUGCAGAGCCAAUCUUCCCAGACAUGAACAAGACUCAAGCUUUGGAACAUCUUUUUGAAGCUGUGAAUGUUGAUCCAGCCAGGAUUUUGCAGCAAACUGUUUGCUAUGACAUUUCGCAUUCAUUGACUGUUUCUGUUGCGUGGGGUUAUGCUAUUCAGGUCUAUGAUGGCAAUGUACUCCUCCCAGAUCUCCUUUCACUGCAGAAAACUUUUACUCCAUGGAGGAGGAGUGGUAGUUUUGAUGCAAGUCAAUUUAUGUUUAAUAUGAGAGAUUAUCCUAAAGAUAAAUGUAAAAGACCAAUGGUCUUUUUUCUAGAAAGCGUAAUAGCCAAUAGCCAUGGCAUCUGGAGCACCUACACUAGGCACAGUGUGGAAAACUGCUCGAAAGCAAAUGCAAUAAAGAAUUUGGAGCAAAUCAGUGUGUUCUCACAUAAGCUAGAGCUUGAUGUUGAUGAGAUGAAGGCUCCUCGUCGUCCCUGCUGCAACAUUUUGCCGUCUUUUAAUGACUCAAUGACUAUCAACAUUAGACGGUGUGGAGAUGAUGAAGAGGAGGAGAAUAUAGUUGGAGAUGGCCAUUUAUCUUUGGAUCAAGACAUGGAGCAAAAACUAGGAAUCCUGGAAUCAUUUCCUUGA